AUGUCGGGCUUGAUUCGAGUCUGGUAUACACUUGCUUCCAGGCUUCUGAUAAAAGACACAGGCAAAAAUUCACAGGACGAGAAUGACGAAGAUUUCAAAGAAGCCCUUCGACUAUCCCUUGAUGAUGGUUGGCAAGUGGUGCUACCCCGUCGGAAAAGAAGCACCAGUUCAUCCAGUGAAGUCAUCACACAUCCUGAUCCACUCAGUAGCACUCCCUCUCCUCAGCAACAACCCGAAGUGGAGCCUCCACGUCCCAACGUCUAUGACCGCCUCUCUGCUCCAAGACGUACGAACUCCCCUUCUGUUGCUGCUGCGCCAUCAUCCACUCGUCCUGUACUCCGAUCUUCCAUUGCUUCUCAACAAGCUCGGCUUACUUGUCCACGCAGUGCCAUGGAUCUUCCUCAAACUAAGGCUUCUAUGGCCAAAAUGGCUUACAGCAGGCAAUUGCUGUGGGAACGCAAUCAGUCAUUAUUAGCUGAAAAAUUACGCGCGAAGCAACGAAUGGAACGAGUAGAUAGGCAGAGAAGGCGGGCAGGUCCAACCCGUUGUGGGAUCCAUUUUGCUGGUCGUUCUACUACUCAGAACGCUACCAACUCAUUUUGUCAGCGUCGUCAAGGCAAUAGCGCUCCAGUGAGCGAACGAAAUCCUUCAGUGGAUCGUUCUUUGCAGUCCAUUAAUGAAGUUGCGGAAGGGGAAGAAAUUGAAACAGUGCCGGCAGAUCCAACGCCAACGGAUCCGUCGAGGGAUGAUAUACGAUUCUCUGCCACUAGGUAUCUCUAGUG